UCAAAACACAACAAAAAAAUCGCAAAAAGUAAUAAAAUUACAAAAAAUACAAGUAAUGCUUUAUUUUGUGUGUUCAAACAAUAUUUAAACUUGAAGAUGUCUCGGGAACGUAGCGUCACAAUCGCCGACGGAGAUGGACUAGCGGUGAUAAGAGAAGAGCAACCCAGUGCCUUUGUCUCAAAGGAUGAUGUUUCAUUCACAAAAGAAUCUGUCCAAUCUCAAAAACGUGCUAACAUAACUCUUGAAAAUUAUGGCGACGCUGAUAUCGACGCACUGUUUGCUAAAAGAGAAGCUCAAUUAAGAGCAGAAUUUGACGAAGAAUUAAAAACACAAUUAGGUAUGCUGAGGGAACGAUUUGACUUUGUGCUGCAACAUGAACAAGUCCGUUCCUGUUACAUGUUACGGGAAGCUCAUAGGGAAAGGAAGGAGAAAGUUCAAGCUUUGCAGACACAGUUAGAAUGUAAAAACUUAACAGGCCUGAUGUACGUAAUGUGCUCGGAAAGAAGAAAAGCGAAAUUGGAAAAGAUGAGGAUCAUUUCUGAGUACACCAAAUACAUCCACACUCUCCAAGACAUUCUAACUGAAGGUCAGCGCCUCAUCCUCCACCUUUCUCGAGGGUACAAGACGGCAGCUCGCGUGGACCACGAGUGGCGACAGAAAAUGAAGACUAUCAUCAAAGAGUUUCAAGAAUACGUAUACCACUUCGCCGGCGGAACUCCCGAGACCAACCAGUAUGUGUUCGACGUGCCAGCCCUACUGAAGACAGAGGCUGCCAUAGUCGAUGACCCUGAGGAGGACCCGUGUACUUGUGAAGAAGAGGAAGAUAAAACUGUCGUUGAUGAAGAUGGUGUAACAGAAGACAAGACAUGGUGGGAGCUGCUAGACUCCCCCUGCAAGCCGUUUGUGAUGUUCGGAGACAUGGAAGAGUUCCAGCCCCCGCAGAGGAGGGAGGUCGUCACCUCUGCUAAAGAGGCUCUUAAGAGCGCCCCGCCCAAGUGGAAGGAAUACGUGUUCAACGAGAUGUUCCUGAAGUCCUCCUGCCCGCGCGCUGACGUCAUCAAGGACGAGUACCCCAAAUAUUUCCCCACUGACAAGUGGGAGUGCCAGGUCCAUGCGGACCAUAGCAACGAGUCUAGCAAUUGUUCCAGAUACGGCAGCCGGCGUGUGACCACUAACAGCAAUGAAAUGCGCAGUAUGGGAUCCAUACUGAAAAUUAUCACUUCAAGUGGCUUGUUACCACCAAAAACCAACCUUCUUGCAGCAAGAGACUCCAUGGAGAUAGCUUCGUCCACCAAAAUUCGAGGAAAGAAGAAUGGAUGCAACGACACUAAAAAUGUCUCCAUCUGUAUUGCAAGAACUAGAUCGUCGAGCCUCCAAAAAUUGCCGAAAGAAUUCAUGCCCGGAAAAUCGACCCAAGAGUCAGAAGCUCCAGACAGUCCGCCUCAGCGAUCCCCUGAGCCUCGUGAUGAUGAGGAUAUAGUUGAAGCGGAGGACAAUAAGAACGGCUUAGUAAGCACUCAAGAUAGUCUGCUGGUCAUGCCUCAGCAUAAGGCGGAUACGGAUCACAAAAUUAAUUAUGAAAAAAUCUGCCCCAUGGAGCAAUGCCAGCGAAUGCAAGUGGACUCCUUCAUGCGUUCGUUGCCAGCUUACAUGCGUGCGAGUCCGUACAUGCUUUUUGAACAGAACUUCGCCGAGUACGAAACGUGUUCUCCUGAACAACUAGAAAUCCUCCAGCAUCGCUUAGAGCAAAAGCAGAAACGACACAUGCCCGAAGAAGACAGCGCGUCCUUACCAGAUUUCGAACCAAUGGUUGACGGCGUUGGUGUUCAGACUUCUGAUGAGCUGAUUACUGGACUACCGCCUUGUACUUGCAAGGACCCUUAUCCAUCUGUCGCUUCAAGUACUACUAGGAUCUUUAAAGUGGAAGACCUUCUCCCGAUGAAGGAAGCUCUGGACGAGAUCACGAAGGAGUGCUUCUACAACCAGAAUAUCAUGUUCGACCGGUUCAAAGUGGUGGGACAAGAGAGCAAACAUUCGUAUGCUACUGAACCGAAAUGCAAAGAAGAAUUCAAGAAGCUAAGAGUACAAGAAAUAAAGAAUAUCCUAAGAAAGCACCCAAGCAUGCUAGACCUGUUCCAGCCCAACCCUCAGUGUUAAGAAACUGAAAUGUCAAUUUUUGUAGAUUUUAUUACAAACAUUAAAAUUCUAACAAAACACGCUGUAUAAAUAAUUCUAACCCUAAUUGAAACAUGUGAACAACACUAUAACGUUUUAUAAACUAAAGAGAAUCACAAAUUUAAUAAAUUAAUAGGCACGUAUCUAAAUACAGACAAAUUCAUUUCAAGUAAUAAGUUUCAUUAGCAAAUUGUAAUGUGUUAGUUAUUUCUUUCACUUCCUUCUUGAUGCUAUCUUCAAUGGUCAUUACAGCAUCUUCUACACUAUCCUUGAACUCGUCCAUUAAUUCUUCUGAUCUUUGCUCAUGCAUUUCAAUUUCUUUAAAUACAUUCGAAUCAACAUUGUCGACAUCCACCUCAUACUCCGCUACUUUAAUAUCCAACGUACUUAAUUUUAUCACACUAUGUUUCGACUUGGUUCCGUUUUUGACAGA